AGCUGCCUCAAAUGCUUGAAAUAAUUCCGCUUCCGUUCAGAUCCGGGAACGGCCUCCCACGGCAUCGGGGCCUCGGACCCGUCUCCUCCAUCCCCAAGCGGCGGCCGGGCCAGCAUGGCAACCUCCCCGCAGAAAUCCCCUUCUUCUCCCAAGUCGCCCACCCCCAAAUCUCCCCCGUCCAGAAAGAAAGAUGACUCCUUCCUCGGCAAGCUGGGCGGCACGCUGGCCAGGAGGAAAAAAGCCAAGGAAGUAUCUGAAUUACAGGAAGAAGGAAUAAAUGCCAUUAACUUACCUCUCAGUCCAAUUCCAUUUGAACUAGACCCUGAGGACACUAUGCUAGAAGAAAAUGAAGUUCGAACAAUGGUUGAUCCAAAUUCAAGAAAUGACCCCAAAUUGCAAGAACUAAUGAAGGUAUUAAUUGACUGGAUUAAUGAUGUGUUGGUAGGAGAGAGGAUUAUUGUGAAAGACUUGGCUGAAGACCUGUAUGAUGGACAAGUAUUGCAGAAAUUAUUUGAGAAACUUGAAAGUGAGAAGUUGAAUGUUGCUGAAGUUACUCAGUCUGAAAUUGCUCAGAAACAGAAGCUACAGACAGUGCUUGAAAAGAUCAACGAAACCCUCAAACUCCCUCCAAGAAGCAUUAAAUGGAAUGUUGACUCUGUUCACGCUAAAAGUCUGGUAGCAAUACUUCAUCUUCUGGUUGCAUUAUCACAGUAUUUUCGAGCACCAAUCAGACUUCCAGAUCAUGUGUCCGUUCAGGUGGUUGUUGUGCAGAAACGAGAAGGAAUCCUCCAGUCUCGACAAAUCCAAGAGGAAAUAACUGGUAACACUGAGGCAUUAUCAGGAAGGCAUGAAAGAGAUGCAUUUGAUACUUUAUUUGACCAUGCUCCAGACAAGCUCAAUGUAGUGAAAAAGACUCUCAUCACUUUUGUGAACAAGCAUCUGAAUAAACUGAAUUUGGAGGUCACUGAACUGGAGACCCAGUUUGCAGAUGGUGUGUACUUAGUCCUGCUAAUGGGUCUCCUAGAAGGCUAUUUUGUUCCUCUACACAGCUUUUUCUUGACUCCUGAUAGUUUUGAACAAAAGGUCCUCAACGUAUCCUUUGCAUUUGAGCUAAUGCAAGAUGGUGGAUUGGAAAAACCAAAACCAAGACCAGAAGAUAUUGUAAAUUGUGACUUGAAGUCUACAUUGAGGGUACUGUACAAUUUGUUCACCAAAUACAGGAACGUGGAGUGAAGAAUUGAUUUGGGAUGUAAAAGAUUGUUAACAAAGAAAGCAUUGUAAAUAGCCUAUUUUUCAUUGGUAUUCCUCUGCAUCUUUAUGCUAAAAGAAACCGAACCAUUUGUCUGAAGAAUUUUUUAUUGAUUAUACUUGCACUACUAUUUUCAUAGUAGAUUCAAAACUAAUAUAAAUCAUGAAGAAAAAAGUUUGGAGGAAGAUAUUUGGGUAUUUUCUGGGAGAAUUCAUGUCUCAGUAGUAACAACGCUCUUCAUACUCUUGUAGUAGGUGAAGCAAGAAUGAAAAAAAGAUUUAGUAACUAAUCCAAGUCAGCCUUUGAAACCAAUCAUAAGAAGAUUCAGCACUGACUAUUUUAAUAUUUUUUACAUGUAUCUUUUCUAAUACAGAGAUUUUCCAUCUGUGAUAAAAUGAUUGCAUUCUCGUUAUGAGAAAUGUGCAUGGGGAGAAACAGUUAAAUACUCUUGUUCGCAGGUAAAAAGAAGAGACUUUCUCAAGCACUUAAUCUGAUUAAUUUAUAUUUCCAGUGCUUCUGGGCUUUAAUUUUAUGGGUACAAAGUGGCUAUUCAUUCCUUCAGACUUAUUAUAAUGUGAUACUCUGCCUUUAAUAUGUGUUAUUGAGCAUUCCAUGUAUGCAGACUUUGCAGCUUGUCACUUGGUUUUGUUCAAGGAAGAGAUCUUCUUUGCAAAAAAGUUCACAUUUCGGGAAAACACACCUGUAUAAUACAGUUUCCCUUUAAUAUCUGUAUAGUUAUGUAGUAUUAGAAAGUAAAAGAGUGGCUUGUUCUUCUUUUAACGGUUUAAACAUAGGAUUACCAGGUUGCAAGUAUAGAAUUAUUGCUAAAUAGGAUUUAGAAUCUGUCUCUUUGGUUGAUUUUAUGAUGACUAUGUUUUGCUGCAUAAUAUCCAACACAAAAAAUAGGAUUUAUUUUCCAGAAACAUUCCUGUAGCCUUUCAGAUACAAAAGCAUUGGUUUUAGGUCAAAACUACUCCCAUCUGCAAAGACUCUGUUACAGUGUAAGGUUCUUUAGUCAUUUUAUAUGGCUAUAAUUAGUAUGCUUUUUCUAAUCAUGACCAAGUAUAAGCUGUUAUCUGUUUGAUUUUAGCCUUAACAAAGGCACAAAAGAGAAAUGGGAGUUGUUUCUUCUCUUAGACUUGAUAUCAAGCACCAAUUGUGUUUCUAUAAAGAAGCUGGUAGAGAUUGCCAGAGUCCUCAAAAACUCUGCUGGCUAAAGGUUAAAUCAGUGAUUUGCUAGAAGUCUUGAUGUUAGUAUUAGAUGCCUUUCGAAAAGAAGGGUUCCGGUACAACCACAGGUUAUUGGGAUCCUGGAUUACAUAGUAAGGAAAUUACUGGAUGACUUCAGAAAUCCUUGGACUGCUCAGUGCAGGAAAGAGACUUGUUAGUAGUCACCUAAUUAUGGCAGAACUGGUAUAGGUGAAAGGGAGAGAAGUCUGCCAGCUCUUAAAUCUAUUAAUCUAAAGAAAUGUAGUGCUGGCUAGAAUGGUCAAUAACAGCUAUGUAUUCUUUAGUAUAUAAAGCAUUACAUAUUUUUCUAUUUUCCAGGACUUUUUUUUUAAUGUAGAGUUUUGCAGUGCAACAUGAGCAUCAGAGGAAGACAAGCAAUUGCAUUCUGUCUUCAGUGAACACUAACUGAUGUUUAAUGACAAGAUGAUACUGAUUUCUGCUGGGGGGCCACAGAAAUCAUUUUUCUGAGAAGUAAAUAUUAACUUUUGUGAAGGAAAGUCAAUAUUUAAUUCAAAGGAAAAUACCUGGAUGUUCUCUAUACUCAGAUAUUGUUGUCUAAUUGUUAUAAACAUUCUAAAUAUCUUUAUUAAAGUAUCUUGUUACCUCUAUAUUUUUAACUGAGUUUCUGAAAUUAGAAGUGCAGAAAAUAAGUUAUUUGCCUUUUACAUGGGUAAAUAACUGGAUAUUUUGACCUCGGUGAAAAUGAACGUGUUUUCACUAUAUCUUUAAUAUUUGAGAAGCUAAAGUACAGGAAUUAACAAACCAUUCUUUGAGCAAUCUAAGACAGAACCUUUUGUGUAUAUACCAGCAGCAAUUUCAGCUUAUUUUAAUGUUUCAUAUGUUUUUCACUUGCACACGUAGACUGUAGUAAUUCUAGUUGUUAAUUAAAAAAUACAUGAUGUUUUUUCUGCAGAUCAUGCUCAGCUGAAAUACUCUCUUACAUCUCAGCAAGGCCAAAACAUUUUGAUUACACUUAUUUUCACGAGUGCACUUUCUUUAAAGAGGAGAUUUAUAUAUGUAAAGGAGAAAGGUUAGGAACAGUGAAAUUGGUUUUUGCUUGGACUUGAAAAUAGGUAUUCCUGUGCUAUAUCAGUAUAACAUUUUUAAUUCUGUCAGACUUCAUUUUCCAUCCUUAAAAAACAAAACUGAGACAGAAUGAUGAAAUCCCCAUGCUGAAAUGCCAUUAUGCAGUACCAUAGAAACAUUUAAACAAUAUCCAUCCUUUGCACAAUUAUCUAUCUUAUAGUAAGAAUUUAUGUAAAUUAAAACCUGCUAUAUAAACAACAGUGUCCUAUGUAAAUAUAGAACCAUGUGAUAGUUCUAACACAUUCACACAAAUAGUCUAUGCUGCCAUGUAGGAAUGUGUCACUGCUUGUAUUUUUGACAGUGUAGAUUUAAAUAGCUAUCAGAUAACUAUGAAAUCUAAUAUACAGAUUAUAUCUAAUAUUUAUUGCUUUGAUACAGAAGAUUAUAGAACUGUAGAAUACUACUGUAGACAGUUUGCUUUUCAGCAGUGUAUGCCAACAUCUUCCUUCAGGGAAGAAAAAUGUUAAGUUAGCUGGGCCAAAUUCUGCUGACGCCUCUGAUGCUUUUAUUCUUGAUACACAGUGAUGUAUACUGAUGUACUGCUGAAUGCAGAAUUUUCCUUGCUGUUUAUAUUAAGGUAGAAGUUGUUUAAAUUUUAGGUCAAUCCUGGUUUUAUUUAUAAUUUCUUUAAUCAUUAAAUAGAUCCAAAUCAAUUGAUUUCACCCAUGUAAGAUAAUGAAUUGUCACCUGGAGAGG